ACAAGCCAUGAAUUACUUCUAGAACAUGAGUCGAACUCGUUACACAAAAGCCUCAAUCAAGGAUGGCUUGCCCAAUCGCCAACCCAGACAAUCACACCAAAACAAUCCUAAAACAAAAAGAGAUAGGCCCUUCCCCGGCCCGGGGCAUGAUCCCCACAACGUCAUCCAGCCGUCGAGUUCACCGCGAAGGGUGGAUCGUCAUCCCUAGACUGUCACGGUGACAAGGGCCAGGGGAGACAAUAAAGCCUAUUUUUGACACUUCGCUCUCAGGUCACAAGUUUUCUGCGCCCUGAGGAUGGGGAAAAGCGACUUUGUUACGCAACCACAAUGACGCCCCCCAGAGAUAGCUACGAUCGCCAAACUAACUAGAUACCAAAUAGUCCAAGUUACAGCCUAGGUCUAGCCCAACAUGAGAAGUGAUCCUCCGUUAACGGGCUUGACGUCUGGCAUUUAAAUACCUGCUUUGCUAACCUCCCAAUAUGUCACCCUCUGACCUCAUUUUUGAUAUCCUACCUCAUCUCACUCAUCAUGGAGUCCCAAACGCCGCGGGACAGAAAUGUCCAUAUUGACGACUCAGCUGCUUUAGAGCAGCUCGGCCAUAAGCAGGAACUCAAGCGCAACUUUUCCAAGAUCUCUCUUCUCGGUCUCGCUUUUGCUAUCCUCAACACAUGGACCGCCCUGUCAGCCUCUAUCAGUCUCGCCCUCCCCUCUGGAGGUCCCAGCUCCGUCAUCUGGGGCCUCAUCGUGGCUGGUAUUUGCAACUUGUGUCUAGCUGCUCCUCUGGCUGAGAUGUUGUCGGCUUAUCCUACCGCUGGUGGUCAAUAUCACUGGGCUGCUCUUAUUGCUUGGCCCAAGUGGUCAAGGGGUAUCAGCUACGUCACUGGUUGGAUCAACGCUGCCGGUUAUGUUGUGUUGACGGCAACGGCACCUCUGCUUGGAAGUACUUUUGUUAUUGACUCGAUUACUUUCAUGCAUCCUACCUACGAAGCCAAGGCAUGGCAUCAGUUCCUGAUCUACCUAGCCUUCACGAUCAUCGCCCUCGUCAUCAAUGCCUUUGCGACACGAAUUCUACCUCUUUUCAACAAAGCCGCCUUCCUGUGGAGUAUCUCGGGAUUCAUCAUCAUCAGCAUAACUGUUUUGGCCUGUGCUGCUCCCGAUUACCAGAGUGGUGCAUUCGUCUAUGGAAAGUUUAUCAAUGAGGUCGGCUGGCCUGAUGGCGUCUCUUGGAUGCUUGGACUUCUUCAGGGAGCCUUUGCUCUCACUGGUUUCGAUGCCGCCGCGCACAUGAUCGAAGAGAUCCCUAACGCUCGAAAGGAGGGCCCCAGAAUUAUGAUCUGGUGCAUUCUUAUCGGCAUGCUCUCUGGUUUCAUCUUCCUCUCAUGCCUGCUGUUCGUUCUCAAGGACGUUCAAACUGUUAUCGAGUCACCAGCCGGCGCUCUUCUGCAGAUGUACUUCGAUGCUACUAACAGCAAGGCUGGAAGUAUCUGCCUCAUCGUCUUCUCUAUUGUCUGCAUGGUGUUCACUGCCACUGCUAUCAUGACCACCAGUGCCCGCAUGACCUACGCUUUCAGCCGUGACCGAGGUCUUCCCUUCAGCCAUAUCUGGGCCAAGUACAACGAUGCCCUUGAAGUUCCUCUCAACGCCCUUCUCUGGACUACAGCCUGGGUUAUCAUCUUCGGUCUUAUUCUUCUUGGAAGCUCAAGUGCCUUCAACGCUAUCACUGCUGCUUCCGUUGUUGCUCUUGGUGUCACCUACGCGAUCCCUCCCGCCAUUCAUCUCCUCCGCGGCGGAAACUUACUUCCCGAAGACCGACCUUUCAAGCUCAGCGCUCCUGUUCGAUGGGUUUGCAGUCUCGUUGGUAUUGCUUGGGCCAUCCUCACCACCGUCCUUUUCGUGUUCCCACCUGAGCUUCCCGUUACCGCUACCAACAUGAACUACUGUAUCGCUGCUUUCGGAGUCAUCCUUCUGAUUGCCGUCGGGACUUGGAUUGUCGAUGGUCGAAAACACUACAAGGGCCCUCUUAUUGAAAUUAAUAUGGAUGGUGCCACUCUUGAGGGUGCAUCCAUGGCCGAGACCACAUGCACUUCAAAUCCUGAAGAUGAUAUGAAGAACAAUCAUGCUUAGAUCAGCGUAUGCGAUCUGAGCGCAUCUAGAGCGUGGACUUAACACCAAGCUAUCAUUGAAUAGCUAGAUUAAAUAUAAAUCGUGUAUUGUUUCUUGAAUUCUGC